CUGGAAGAGGAGGUCGGAAGUUGGGUCUCGGCGGCGGCGGUGGCGAAGGCAGCUGACAGUGCAAACCCGGGGCUGAGGUUCUUGAUCUUCCACAAUGGGUGAGCCACAGCAAGUAAGCGCCCUCCCACCCCCUCCGAUGCAGUACAUCAAGGAGUAUACAGAUGAAAAUAUUCAGGAAGGCCUUGCUCCCAAGCCUCCACCUCCAAUAAAGGACAGUUAUAUGAUGUUCGGCAACCAGUUCCAGUGUGACGAUCUUAUCAUCCGCCCUUUAGAAAGUCAGGGUAUCGAACGGCUUCAUCCUAUGCAGUUUGAUCACAAGAAAGAACUGAGAAAACUCAAUAUGUCUAUCCUUAUUAAUUUCUUAGACCUCUUAGAUAUCUUGAUAAGGAGCCCUGGGAGUAUAAAACGAGAAGAGAAGCUAGAAGAUCUUAAGCUGCUUUUUGUACAUGUGCAUCAUCUCAUAAAUGAAUACCGACCCCACCAAGCAAGAGAGACCUUGAGAGUCAUGAUGGAGGUGCAGAAACGUCAACGCCUUGAGACAGCUGAGAGAUUUCAGAAGCAUCUGGAACGAGUCAUUGAGAUGAUUCAGAAUUGCUUGGCUUCUUUGCCUGAUGAUUUGCCCCAUUCGGAAGCAGGGCUGAGAAUAAAAACUGAACCAAUGGAUGCUGAUGAUAGCAACAACUGUGCUGGACAGGAUGAACAACAAAGAGAAAAUUCAGGUCAUAGGAGAGAUCAGAUUAUAGAGAAAGAUGCUGCUUUGUGUGUCCUAAUUGACGAAAUGAAUGAAAGACCAUGAAGGAUGUUUCUUUUUCUUCUUCUUUUUUUUUCGUUUCAGUAAAUAGCAUAUAUAUUAGUUAAUUCACUUUUAGAGAGUCUCAAAAGAGAUAGCACUAGAAGUCUUGCAAGCAGCUUGACUCUCCAACUUCCUCAGUUGUUAGACAUCACAGGCAGUUUAUGUCAUUCACUUUAUGGCAAGCCUAGGUAAAUGAGUACGCCUACAUUAAGAGUAAUCACCUUAAAAAGCAGUGUUUGCCUCUAUUGUGUGGAACAUCCCUGUUUUCGGAGUUGCAGUAAACUUUGAAGAUAUCCUCAGUAAUAGGUUUUCAUCCCUGAAAAGUAGAUUUGUCAUUUGCUUUAAGAAUGAU